GUCGGCAUGUUGGACUCCGACCUAGAGGACGUGGACGACGCUCCCGUCGGUGUCGUCUCGUUGUGCGCCCCCCCGCCCUGGCCGUUGGCGGCGAUGGGCCGCGAGGAGCAGGAGGCGGAGCCGGUGAUCACGCUGGCGAGGUACGAAUCCUGGCUUGACACGGUGGGAAUUCGCUCCAACCGCGACAAAAUGCCGAGCUUUUUGCGGCACGUGGAGACCGGGACGGCGGACGUGGAAACGUUUUCGACGGGAGUCUUCAACACCAAACAGCAAUUAUUCGUCUAUUUGAUUCUGCUACUGCAGCAAAUCGAGGUCCAGCAGCGCCACUGCCCUGCCUUCGUGAACCAGUGGCAGCGGACGUUUUUGCAGGAUCUGUUCCCCCUCGCGAUGGCGGACGAAAGUGUGUCAUCUCCGGAUUUGCGGAACGAGAUGCUGCCGUACCUGAUGAACCAGGUGUUUGCCAUCACGCCGGAGAUGCGACAGACGCUGCUGGACACGGCGAACGAGACCUUGAAGAAACUGGAUUUGCUCCUCGACGCGACCGGCUUCCCUUUGGUGGUCGACGACGAGGAGCUGAACGCGGACGCCGAGGACGCCGCCGGCGCAACCGAGUCGCAAGAGGAGGCCGAAGCUGCGCACUUUGAGGAAGAGGAAAAGCGAAAAAUGCUCCUGCGCGGACGCAUGGCGGCCCCGUACGAGUGGUCCAAUCCGUUUACGUCUCGGAAUACCGCGCAAACCGCCGCGAAGCAACCGGCCUUCACCGUGGCGAAGGCAGCUUCGAAGCCGGUCAUGAACCAAAAUCCGCUUGCCGAUGGUGCAACUCCCGCAGCUGCGUCCGCGGAGGGGGAGAAGCCGCAACUGCCUAGCAGCCUGAACCAGCACCGGGGUCGCAGUGACUACAAGCCGAAGGACGUGCAGGCGCAGAUUCGUGGCGGCUGGAGCUAUACCCGGCAGGCGCAUUUCCUGUCACAUUUUACGCGGAUCCGGCAGAACUUGCAGCAAGUGGUUGUCGAUGUAGUAGGGACCAGCGAUCCCGUGAACUACUUCGCAGCGUUUCUCGUGCUGUGCUCCUUGCUGCAAAACCGCGCGGGUACGGUGGAACGCAAGCGCCGCACGCAGGUCCUGGUCCUGUUGAAGUUCCUGCUCGCGCGCUUGAACUUCCCCGUGGCGCUGUUCGGGGAUUCCACCCAGGAAAGCGACGAGGACGGGGAUGGGGCCGUCAGUUCCGAAGUGGACGCGCGCAGGGUGUGCUUUUUGGAUUUGACGGUUGAGUCCGGCGCAUCGCAGGAGGAGUUCGCGGCGCGCAGAAGAAAUGCCGCCGUGGAGGUUCUCCGGGACACGUGGGACCAAAUUCUGCACUUGCGGCUCGGCCGCGAAGACCGGUGGCGCACGGAGAUCAUGAUGCAGGCGUGGUUGAUGAAAAUUGAUUUGCUGCAAAUCGAAAACGUGCUGAGCACCCAGACGUCCUCGCAGUUCUCUGACGUUCUGACCUCCUCGCUGCUGAUGACCGAGGAGCAAAUUCGUGCGCGACUGAUUACCGAGGGCGCCGGGCGGAUCGCGCUGGAUUUGGCCAAGGCGAAAUCCCUGCUGAUGGACGGCGGCGCGGCCACCAUGGUGUUGGAAACGAGUCCGGACCAAGAUUUAGUCCACACGGAAGAUGGAACCAUUACGUUAGACCCGCGCUUCAUCCCAAAUCCGAAAGAUGCGGAGACCGCCCUGGGCAAGGAACUUUUCAUGCGGUCCCAGUGCGGGCGGCUGAAUGCCGGGGGUAUGAUCCUCGGCGAGUGCCUGCAGCGGCACACGAUGGUGCACAACUUGUUGAGGUCCGGUAAUCACGACUGCCAGAGUGUUUUCGAAUGCUACCUGCUCUACUGCAUGGGCUUGGAGGGCGCGCUGACAAUCAAUACUUCGGCGAUGGGAGGUAUAAAGGAUACAGAAGCUCUUCUUGUGCGCUGCGACAAUGUCGAUUUUCUUAUUUCAUCCUUUGAAGAUGAAGCUUGGGUAGCUACUGCUAUCGAUCAUAGUUCCUUACUAAAGUUGUAGAAGGGAGUGAAGACGCAACUCUCGUACCAUAGAGAUAAAUUUCGCAAAAUUUUUCUCCUCAGGCCGACCUCCUCCGUCACUCAGUCGCGUUCUCUCCCUGAAGCGUGAGAUGCACCUGCUGUUGAUGGAGCUUUGUCACGUGUUGCGGGCCGUCCACGGGGAACGGCCGAUUGCGCCCUGGCGAAAGAGGUGCGAGCUUGUUCUCGGGUUCAAACCCUUGAACAGCAGCGACAUGCAGCAAUUGGAACUUUUCAUGCAGCCCCUGCACGACACGGGCGAUGAAAGCGCGGCGAAGAAAAUUCUUCUCAACCUGGUCGGCAUCGGUCGGGGAAACAAAGUAAACGCGGACCGACAGGACUUGGACAUUCUCUCUCGCGCGAAGAUCGUUUCCGAGGCAGUUUCGCAUGCGCUACAUUUAGUGCAGCCAGUUAACUGGAACAAUGAGCGGGAAGAGUACGGUGCUUUGUCCGUGGCGCAGCUGUGCAGCGUGACCUGCGAGGUCUUUCAGGUACUGAUGGACAGCAUGAAUCAGGAGCCGUCAACGAACAGUAACUUUGUCCAGAAGGAUCACUUAGACCAACAAGCAAAUCCUGCUGCUGGAGGUGGUGCUCUUACAUCAUCGCCAACAUCCUCGGCCGGCGGGGCCACGGCUAUCAGUGCCGCGACGACGGCGAAGGAAGAGGCGAACCCGACGGAGGCGCAGCUUUUGAAACUGGACGGGGUGUUGAUGCGGACCCCGGCGAUCGUCGAGCUGUUCACGCGGCUCCGCGACGCGUGCCUGAUGCAGCUGCACGAGCGGCUGCACUGGGUCACGAAGACGGAGGCGAAGAAGGGCGCGGACCCGGAGGCCGACGACGUGCAGCGGGUGGCGAUGACGGCGCUGGAGAUUACGGACGAUUUCUCCUACAUAACUUCCGCACCGGAGGACUUUGCGUCGAAGAAACUGCAGCAACUGCUCGACUGGCACAAGCAGUUCUACCAGGAGGGCAACCCCUCUUCCGACUCAGAGCGGGACAGCCGGGGAAGUAGUAGUGCCUCCUCGUCCUCCUCCGCGGACCACUUCACCUCUGACGUUGUGAUGGACCGAUUGCAGGAGAAAGCGAAUGAGGCCUGGAACAAUUUACCUGCAAUGGAGCGGUUGAAGGUUUUGCGCGCAAACAGUUCUUCGAAAGAUUCUGAACUCCCCGGCGUGGAGGCGGUUGUCAGCUUUGUCCUGGACACCUGCAAGAUUUGCCCCAACAGCGGCUGCAUGCUGUUACUCGCGUGCUGCUCCGCGGUGAAAGAUCAACUGGAACGCAAUUUGUGGAACAAAACCACUUUCGCUUUACCGGAAACCCUCGAGUGGCUGCCCAAUCUGGGCGAAGACCUCUCGUACUACGAGGCCAUGCUGCCCGCGAACGCAGCCGAGAUGUCCAUGGACGAAAGGCAGAAUGCAAUUGCAGCGACGAUGGCGAGAGUAGGCAAUAGAGAUGCGGCAGAACCGGAGGAUCUUUUGGGCGACCGCGGGGUUUUUGUGCCCGGCGGGGAAAAUAAGCAAAAAGCACAAGGAAUAACCGGAGGUUUUGCCAACAAUAAAUUCGUGACGAACAAAGAAGACCUGUACGCGGCCGAAACCCUGCAGGAGGUCCAAUCCGACGAAGUUUUGAAGUAUUGGAAGACGCGACAGCAGGUCUUGCAGAACGCCCACGCGUUCUUCGAGAUUGUGGUGAACCUGAUUUGCGAAAAGUUCUCCCCUAUCAACUGUAAAAGUGUCUGGGUCUGAAAACUUGUGAUGCUAAAAUGUGCAUGAUGAAAACACUUCCGAAUGCAGUCCGGCAUGACAACUUCCCAAAACGCUUUCUCAUAGGCAAUCCGCAUGAGAAACUGCGUUUUUGAAUGACAAAAGAGGCUGCGACUUUUGUUGGUUACGCAAUACAGAUUUUCUAGGUAUGGAAAGUUAGCAUUACAAGUUCCAACCUUCCAGACCCAGACAUUUUUACAAUCCAUAUCCCCCGUCCCCCGCCACCAGGAACUCUUCUCCGCCUGUUUCCGCGGGAACCAGCUCGCUCGGGAGGAUCUGCUGCGGCUGUGUCGGGCCGUCAUCGAGCCGGAAAAGCACGCCGUGGACGAUAAGUGGUUUCUGGAAUUGUCCCGGUUGGCGUACGUCGCGUUUCACAACCACAAACGGGCUGAUGACGCGUAUCUGCUCGAGGACUUGAACCUCGGCCUGCUGGCGUCCGAAGUGGACCGCGUGGCGCACAAGCUGGAGCUCCCGCAGAUGGUCGAUCGGCAUCUGAAGGCGAGGUUGCUGGCGUUCGCGACGGUCGCGCUGGGAGCCGCAAGGCCGGAGUUUUCGCCCGAGUUCUCAAAGGUCAUCGGGGCUCCGAUCGCGAGGUACAAACCGCCAGAAUGGAAGGGAGGUAUUGUUUUGCUCUGGUCGUUUUCGUUUUCCUAAAGGUAUCUAUGCGUAUGUAAAGUCAGAAACCAAACCGAGGUGCCAAUGUUGUAAGUACAGAAUUGCUCCAGCUCCUUCUCGCACACGCACUCGCACCGUCUCUCCGUACGCUUUCUUCGUUCGUCUUUUCUUUCGUAGAAAGUUCCACCUGCGUUUCACUGAAUUCGUAUCGCUCGGUCUCUUUUUCCUCGUACACAAAUGCGCGUCGUUCGUACGAAUUAGCCUGCGUUCCAAAAGCACGUGGUACUCGUUCUUGGAUAGUAAGGUUUUCGAGGAUAAUCAGAACAUUUGCUAUUAACUUCGUGUCGUUUAUUUCGUUUACCAGUUGGUUCAAUCUCACUCUCAGCAGGCGUGUGUUAUCCCCUCUUGCAGCUCAACAAUAGGUUUAUGUCCGACCCCCUUUGACACUAGAAAAACAAAAAUCAUAAACAAAUAAAAGUUUCCGGCUGCGUGGUUGUCCGAGCGAUUGAGACCCUGUUGACCCUGGACGUGCACCUGUUUACCUCGUUGAUAUUGAGGGGAAAAAUCCCCCCUCCCCAUAUUGAAAAGGUAUGUUUCCAAAAAUUUGCGUUGCGGAUUUGAGGUCACAAAUCAUGUCUGUCUUGCAAGAAGACAAGGACAGAAGCUUCCGCCCCAUUAUCGAAGCGGUUUGUCAUGCUGUCGGGCCUAAAGGGGGGCGCUUGCCGUGCUGAACUACUAGACCCAUACGCCCCUACCUAGCCUGGGGAUCUGGCCGCAGUGCCUCUCUGCAAUACAAAGCUGAUUUGUGGCCACAAAUCAGCAUCACAAAUUUCCUUUUUGAUAUGGGGAGGGGGGAUUUUUCCUUUUCAUAGUUGAAGCACGAAAACCUGACCCACGCCAUCCAGCAGCUGGAGAGCAGUCGAGCCCGAUCUGCAAAGGAGCAGCAGCAGUUUCUGUCUUCCUUGUUGCACCACCCAACACAAACCCUGUUCUACUACCCAGACAAGACGAGCAGCAGCUCCAAUAGUUGUACAGCUUUGAAGAAAAAUCAUCAAGUGAAGCAGCGGUGGGUCCGGGCCUUGGCGAAAGUUUCCGCAUUGCGGGCUGCGGGUAUUGAGUUUUCCGAGGUGACGGAGGAGGUGCUGGAUUGGUUGUCCGGACUGGAUGCGAUCGGUGCUGAGGAACAAGUUUUAGACAACUCCUCGGAUCUUCAGGAGGAGCAACCAGUUUUUCAGCCACGGAGUACUAUGCUCUUUUUCCCGGAACAAGAUACAACCACCGAAGCAGAUACCACCUCCAAGGCAGCUGUCGAGCAGCCCCGUAGCGAAUCGCCAGAACCCACCCCCGAUCCGGCCACCGGGCCUAGCGACAUCGGUUCCUUGCGGUCCUACGCUCGGAAAAGUCUGCGCCACAGCGCCACGGUUCAGCUGCAACUAGAGCAGGCGGAAAGCGCGCCAGCGGUCAAUCCAGUUUCUGUUGGGGCAGGGAUUGUCCCGGGAUUGGCGCUCGAGGAGAACCUCCCCCCGAAACCGACUGUUGACUACAAGGAGGAUACGGGCUCUCUAGUCGCGCCUCCUGUCGCCGCAAGAACACCGAGCAAUAGCAAUACUGCGGUUGUCGCUGCGGAAAUCAGUAAGACCACCACUGUAUCUGCUUCCAAAGCCGCUCCAUUCGCUCCUGCUGCCCGUGUGGUGGAAAAUUCGCCGCUGAUGGCAUCCGCGGAAGCUGCGUCCAUAAUUCCGGCGCCGGCCAAGCGCAAGUCCGCCCUAGUUGCCAAGAAGAACCGUGCGCAGGAACUGUCCUCGCAGAUCUCGCAAAUGAAAACGACCAACGGAGUAAAUAGUAACGCGGCUUCUGCAGCCAGUUUUGCGAAGCAAGACGCGACAACCAUUAUGGCUCCCGAGGACCGGAGCGCGGCUCUGAUGCAGCAGCGAUUGCGUGAUGCAGAGCUUGCCGCCGGGCAAUUGGAGAACAAAAACGCUACGGUCGAGCAGAACCUGACGAACCUCCUGGGGUACCACCACCAGUCGUUUCUCCGGGAAGUGGUUUUCCCCAACGUGGCGACGCAAAGGAAGCUGGAGAAGGUGCUGGAAGAUCGGAAAUCCACGAGAAGCCAGUUUGACGAGUACGACUUUGACGACGCCGCGGCGUUCGACCGCGCAAACAAGAUUCUGAACGACGACAACCAACUCUCUUUGCUCUUGCUCCGGGGAAAAGAACUGCAAGCCCGUGCGGACCGCGAGCGUUUACACGCGGAGUCGACCGGGGAAAGGCUGAGACUUCUCCGCGGAAUGCUGGAUGAGUACGAGAUGUCCAACCACGUCGACGCGGACGCGUUGAGAGAUCGGGUGCUGGGCGGCAUGCAGAGGCUGAAAGAGGAUCUGGAGCUCGAAUACGACAGAAACGGGCGUAUGGCGACGGGCAGGAUGCACGAGAUGAUGAAGAAAGCGCUGCAAUCCGCCGCGAUCCAUGUUGCGGUCAUCGAAGGCAGGCAGUAUCAAGAAAAGGAGAUCGAGAAGCAGGAUGCGGCGAAGGGGGAGAGACUGAAGAGUCUCGCGACGCAGGCAAGGGAGGCGCAGAUGAAGUUCUUGACGUCGACAGACAACAUCUGGGGACGACUGUCGAACAAGGACGCAAAUCGUGCUGCAGUUUUGCAGAAAGCACGAGCUUUUGAAAAGAAAUAGAGAAGACUUUCACGUAUAGGCUUUUUUUUCAGAUUGAAAUGGCAUUUUUGAUGGAGAACCAAGACUGUUUGACAAACUUCAUAAGUAUGUUUUUUUGCGAAAAAUCACGUUGCAGUUGUACCGUGUAUCUAUGAACACAAUUCGUUAAAGUAGCAACAGAAAGGCUUUCAUGUAGUUCAUUCAUCCAAGAAGACAGCGAUAGCAAUCCACCUUAAAUUCAGGUUUCUUUUUUUCUAAAUCAGACACAAAUCUCUGACUCUGUACACUAAAUUUUCUUCGCAAUUCAUUGUAAAAUUUCCUUCUACGCAAACGCAUUCUAGUAGUGCUUUGGGUUUGGUGCCAAAGUUAUCUUUCCUGUGUAUCUACCAAUUGGAAACUUCUGACUUUGACUAGUUUACAUCGGGUAAAAAUAAGUUUAAGCAUCGCAAAGCCGCAU